AUGAAGCAUAAGAUUGCUACAACAUAUCAUCCACAGUCUAAUGGCCAAGUCGAGGUGUAUAACCGAGAAAUCAAGAAAUUUCUUAAGAAUAUGGUGAACCCUUCUAGAAAAGAAUGGUCACAACAUCUUGAAAAAGCAUUAUGGGCUUAUAGGACCAUUUACAAUACUCCAUUAAGGAUGUCCCCUUAUCGUCUUGUUUAUGGAAAAGCUUGUCAUUUACCUGUGGAGUUAGAGCAUAAAGCUAUAUGGGCAUUAAAGAGGUUGAACUUUGAUCUAGAUAUUGCAGACAAAAAACGAAUACUAGAGCUUAAUGAUUUGGAGGAGCUUCGAAAUAAUGCAUAUGAGACUUCAUACUUUUACAAAGAAAAGAUUAAAAAGUAG